AUGGAUAUCGCACUCGAGCUGUUAGAUACAUAUGCCUUGGACUGGAUCUACUCUGCCAUCCUGCCAGCACAACCGGCACCUUACAAUUUGAAAGAUGGAAUGAGCAAUAUGACCAUGGCGGAUAUGCAGAGUGCUUCGCCAUGGCAGUACAAACCAGCAAGUAAUAUCAUAUCUUUCGCGCCAACAGAUGCUGCGUAUACAAGUCAAUGGACGAGAGACAACGUAUACCGACAGACACUAUCGCUGUUCUUCAUCACCUGGUGGGCUGGAGCAGGAAUAUACUUCGUCGUCUCAACACUCUCCUACAUUUUCGUGUUCGAUAAAACCACCUUCCAGCAUCCUAAAUUCCUCAAGAAUCAAAUCAGAAUGGAAAUCACACAAGCUGUCCGAGCAAUGCCGUGGAUAGCAGUCAUGACCACACCUUUCUUCCUCGCAGAAGUUCUCGGUUACUCGAAAUUGUACGACACUCUCAGCGACGAACCGUUCCCAUACUACAACUGGCUACAAUUCCCAAUGUUCCUCCUCUUCACCGAUUUCUGCAUCUACUUUAUCCACCGAGCUCUUCACUCACCCCUGCUUUACAAAUCACUCCACAAACCACACCACAAAUGGAUCAUGCCAACUCCUUACGCAUCCGUUGCUUUCCACCCAGUCGAUGGCUUUCUCCAAUCCCUACCUUACCAUCUCUUCCCGUUCAUCUUCCCGCUCCAAAAAUUCGCCUACCUCGCACUCUUCCUAUUCGUCCAAAUUUGGACCGUCUUCAUCCACGAUGGCGAAUACGUCGCCAACGGCACAAUUUUGAACGGAGCUGCGUGUCAUACCAUGCAUCAUUUGUAUUUCAACUACAAUUACGGUCAAUACACCACUCUUUGGGAUCGUCUUGGCGGUAGUUACCGCAAGCCUAACGAGGAGUUGUUCAGGAGAGACUCAAAAAUGGGACAGAAAGAAUGGGAGAGACAAGUCGCCGAGAUGGAGAACCGUGUCAAAGAUGCUGAGGGCGAAGAUGAUCGGCAGUAUGUGUCUUCGAAAGCUGUGAAGGUGGGCUCGAAAAAGGACAAUUAG